AUAAGUGAAUAUAAAUAAUGCCGCCGAAAACCAGUGGAAAGGCAGCCAAGAAGGCUGGCAAGGCUCAGAAGAACAUCACCAAGACCGACAAGAAGAAGAAGCGCAAGAGGAAGGAGAGCUAUGCCAUCUACAUUUACAAGGUCCUGAAACAGGUCCACCCUGACACCGGCAUUUCGUCGAAGGCGAUGAGCAUCAUGAACAGCUUUGUGAAUGAUAUCUUCGAGCGCAUUGCUGCCGAGGCUUCUCGUCUGGCUCACUACAACAAGCGCUCAACAAUCACCAGUCGGGAAAUCCAAACUGCUGUUCGUCUGCUCCUGCCCGGAGAGUUGGCCAAGCACGCCGUCAGUGAGGGAACCAAGGCUGUCACCAAGUACACCAGCUCCAAGUAAAUAUCUCUUGCUGCGUAUGCGGAGAAAGAUCCAAAACGGCCCUUUUCAG